UUGUUGUUUUCGUUGAGCAGAAUAAGUAGAGCGGUCGACAUCUUUGACAGCGAUAGCCGUUUCGUGCGCGAUCGUGCGUUUUUUAUUAGCAUUUAAAAAGAAUUCUGGUUAUUUUUGGGGGGGAAAUUUGACAGCCCAGAGCACCACUGGAGUAUAUCUUUUUUUCUGACCUGUUUUGACUAAAACUUGUUUUAAAGAUGGGCAGUCAGUACCAGCGCUCAGUACCACUAGAAGUGAGGAGAGCAGAGGGAGAGAGAGUUCGGGCCAAGCAUCCCGACAAGAUACCGAUCAUUGUUGAGAGGUCCCCGAGGUCACGAGCUCCUGAACUGGACAAGAAGAAAUACUUAGUACCCUCCGAUUUAACAGUCGGCCAGUUGUGCUUCCUAAUCCGUCAGCGUGUGUCUUUGAGACCAGAGGAGGCGCUCUUCUUCUUUGUCAACAACUCUCUUCCCCCAUCCAGCUCCCCUCUUUCUGCAGUAUAUGAGGAGCACCAUGAAGAGGACCUGUUUCUCUACAUGACCUACAGUAAUGAGAGCGUGUACGGUGCAUGAGGACGAACGAAAGACUCAAGCAAGCAA